CAAGCAGUUGAAUGUUUGAAUUCUUUACAAACAAAUGCUGCUAUUAUCGAAGCAAUUAAUAAAACGGGUGGUAGUGCUAAUUCAAGAAGUCUCCCGGAAAUGAGAGAAUUUUGUCGAAAAAUCGGUUAUGAGGUGGACGUGGCAAUUAUGGAAGUUGGGAUUGGUGGUGAAUAUGAUUCAACAAACAUUAUAGAAAAACCCACAGUUUGUGGUGUAUCAUCUUUGGGAAUUGAUCACCAAAGAUAUUUGGGCGAAACAAUUGAUUCAAUUGCAUGGCAUAAAGGAGGCAUAUUCAAGGCAAAUAUUCCGGCUGUUACUGUUGACCAGCCUGCUAUAGCUUUGGACGUUCUGAAGAAACGAGCAAAAGACGUGAAUGUAAGACUUGCUGGUCAACAUCAACUCAUAAAUGCAUCUCUCGCAAUUGAGUUAUGUCGUAUAUGGCUUGAAAAACAUAGAAAUAUUAAAUUUGAUAAUGAAAGAGUUCCUCAAGAGUUUGUUCCUGGACUUGUUAAAGUGCGAUUGCCUGGUCGCACACAACAACUUGUCCUUGAAAAAUAUCCAAAAAUUACUUGGUUUUUUGAUGGCGCUCAUACAUUGGAGAGUAUUCAGAAAAACAAAUCCGAAUCAUUACCUAAUAUUGAACGAAUCUUGAUAUUUAACUGCACUGCUAAUCGCAAUGGACCUGAAAUGUUAAAAAACAUAAUAUUGCAACAUUCAUAUAUCCAUUUUGAUCAUGCUAACUUUUGUACAAAUGUCACAUUUACUACGAAUCAAUUUAAACCUGAUUUACAAAACAAUACAAUUAAAAUUGAUGAAAAUCUUACCUGGCAAAAAACACUUGCAGAAAUUUGGCCAACCUUAAUACCAAAAUCGCAAAAAAGUGAAGCGCAUAUUUUUCCUACAAUACAAAAUGCUAUUAAUUGGGUACUUGAACAUUGCAAGGAGAAUGAACGUGAAGUUCAAGUGUUGGUUACUGGAAGUUUACAUUUAGUAGUCAAAAUUAUUUACCUCUUUGUUUUCAAACAUGUGGUUUUGCAAAUAGAUGUUAAAUAA